GGCUGAUAAAACACGUUAUCGGUAUCGGUGGCUCGUGCAAAAAUCCCUGAGUCGUCAACAUCAGGUCACACAUUCUGGUCGCAUUGCGUCAUUGUGUCGAUUGUUUCUCGCCCGGCUGCUCUCAAUGUCCUUCGUAUAUGGGUAGACAUACGUUACAGCUGAGAUGGAAGUGCUGCGUGCGCUGGUAGCAUUGAAAGAACACCUCGUAUCAAUCUGGAUCUAGGAUAGGAAAACGUUAUUUACUUGCAUCUGGACGCCAUAGGAGCAACAACCGCACAACCUGUCUGGAAUAUUCGUUUGUUCACAUUUCUGCCUGCAGCGCGACCUUGAACUUCACUCUCUUUGAGUCCAUCUGUCUGGCAGUUGCCCCUCCACGGCUGCCGCGAGACCUGCCAGCGUUGUGACUAGGGUCCACCCAUGACACUUCAUGCCCAACAUCCAACAUGCAAGACGUCUUGCCUAAGAUUAAGGUUGCAGACCCACUUGCCAGGGCGGCAACCCCCAUAGAAAGGCAAGAUACUGGCAAAUACACAACCAAAGGAGACGGACCGUUGACGAACGGAAAACUUAUCGCGAAGCUUCGUACUCCGACAACGCCUUCUACACCGCCGAACGAGACGCAAAAUGGCAACGGCAGUGAUCGGAUGGGAUCAUCGGAGGCCGCCAUAGAUCCUCUGUCGCAACAAAUCAUUCGAAGGACUACCACGUCGGUGGGCGCCCAGAGACUAUGGUCACACAAUGUAGAACCUCCGUUGAUACAAUCGCCAGCGUCACCCAAUGAAAGUCAUAUGGAUAAGAAGCACAGCGGGGAAACGUCGCGGGACAUCGGCUCAGCAUCCAAAGCAGACAAAAAGAAGGGCGCCUCAUUCCUUAGUCGCUUCAUCGGCAAUAACAAAAAGAAAGAUGUCCUCGAUGUUACAAGCGACAAUGGUGACGAGGCCGAAGACCUGCGCAAUGAGGGUAUGGACGCGCAAUUGUAUGUCAACAACCUUAGUUUCCACCCCAAAUAUCCGCAACCACCAGCAUACAUUAAGGUGCGGGCCAAGUUCAAGAAAGACAAGGAAUUCGACCGUGUCUUUUUGGCGCAAGAACUUCGAUCAGGAUCGGACAAGAAGAGUCCACCAGCUGCUGGGUCAAACUCGGUGCCCCAGUCUGGAUCAGCGGCUGCGCAUAAUCCUAUCUGGGCCGUGGAAUUUAGCAAGGACGGGAGGUAUCUAGCUGCUGGUGGACAAGACAGAGUUGUCAGGGUCUGGGCAGUUGUUUCAAGUCCUGAAGAACGCAAAUCACAGGAGAAAGACGAGAGCGAUCCACAUGAGGCUGAAAACGAACCUGGAUACCUCAGUGCGCCUGUCUUCCAACAGAAGCUUUUUCGUGAAUACCAUGGGCAUACAUCUACUAUCCUGGAUCUAAGUUGGAGUAAGAACAACUUUUUGCUAUCCUCGUCCAUGGACAAGACUGUACGGUUAUGGCAUGUCAGUCGUGAUGAGAACCUCUGCACGUUCAAACACUCAGAUUUUGUGCCAUCCAUCCAAUUUCAUCCCACGGAUGAUCGAUUCUUUCUUGCUGGCUCCUUGGAUACGAAGCUGCGACUUUGGAGUAUACCUGAUAAGAGCGUCGCGUUCGCUGUCACAGUACCGGAUAUGAUCACGGCCGUAUCCUUCACACCCGAUGGAAAAACCUGUAUAGCUGGAACGCUAAACGGUCUUUGUAUGUUUUACGACACCGAAGGGCUCAAGUGGCAGGCGCAACUCCACGCCAAAUCGACGCGGGGACAGAAUGCGAAAGGAAGCAAGAUCACUGGUAUCCAAGCGACACAUUGGCCUCCGGAUAGUGAGAGUAGCGAGGUCAAGCUGCUGAUUACGAGUAACGACUCCAGGAUCAGAGUCUACAACUUGAAAGACAAGAGUUUGGAGAUGAAGUUUCGGGGCCACGAGAACAACUGCAGUCAAAUCCGAGCUACAUUUGACGACAGCACUGGCCAUAUCAUCUGCGGAAGUGAAGAUCGAAAGGCAUACAUUUGGUCAACAGCAACGCCGGAAGGCGACAAGCGACAGCAGCGGCCGGUGGAGAUGUUCGAAGCUCACAACUCCAUCACAACGUGUACCGUCAUCGCCCCAGUUCAGACCAGACAACUGCUCAGCGCUUCCGAAGAUCCCAUAUACGAUCUAUGCAACCCCCCGCCAGUCACGCUAGUCUCGCGCGCAGAAUCUAUCAUCUCCUCCAAACCCACCACGGAAGCCGAAUCCGCACGCCCCACGUCAGCAGACACAACCCUCAAGAAGGUCCCCGUGAGCCCAGCCUACAUAGCACGCUCCGCCCACCCCGGCGGCACCAUCAUCGUCACAGCAGACUACACCGGCUCCCUCAAAGUCUUCAGACAAGACUGCGCAUACGCCAAGCGACUCCGCCUGAUCGACGCCCUAGAAACCUCCUCCUUAUUCUCCAAACGCGGCACGGGAGUCCGUUUCCACCCAGCCGCCCAACGACCGCAUCAUGAACUGGCGCCAGGGCAUAUCCCACGGCAGCAUCGACUCGAGCAAUAG